ACUAAAUUUUAGUAGUUCCUGUGAAAUUAAAGCGCAAUGUGUUAAAUUUAUGAAAGCCUGUGCUAUUGGAAUAUUUGCUUGUCACUAAUAAGUUCGAAGUAAGGGCAAACUUACAACGCGACGGAAGAAAACAUGUCCAACUUGUAGAGUGGUGCUAAAUAAACCGCGCGUAACUAGCCAAUAUAACGACUUGACAUUAGCAGUCCCUAACCAAAGUUAUAUUAUUUGCGCAUUACGUUGAUAUAAGCAAAUAACGAACAAAUAAAAUAAGAUGACGUCGCCAAAAGAUGUGCGGCAACGUAAGUUGAACACAAACGAUGACCAAGCGGGUGGUGCUGCUACCAUUAGACGUAAAUCUGCAAGUCCAAACGGUGGUGGAUCGAAGGGCUUACCUAGAGGACUAAAGCUUUCAUUUCUCUGUCUUGUAUUGUCUGCUACAUUUCUGCUAUUCUUUUUUGGUGUUUACUUGGACUCCACCAGCCCAUUUUUGGUACGGUUGGCAUCAAAAUUAGGUUAUACACGCAAUCAGUUUGCUGUUAUCAUCGACGCUGGUUCUACAGGCAGUCGUGUUUUGGCAUACAAAUUUGAUAGAAGUUUUAUUGACAACAAGCUGGUCUUGUCUGAGGAGCUCUUCAAAGAACGCAAGCCGGGACUCUCGUCUUUUGCGGAAAAUCCAUCCCAAGGUGCACAUUCCAUUAAACUGCUACUUGAUGACGCUAAAGCGUUUGUACCCAAAGAAAAAUGGUCAACGACGCCUUUAGUGCUUAAAGCAACAGCUGGCCUGCGGCUUCUGCCACAACAUAAGGCCGAAAAUCUCUUAAAUGCCGUGCGUGAACUUUUCGAAAAGUCGGGUUUUAGCGUUGAGCCAGAUGCAGUAGAGAUUAUGGACGGAACUGACGAGGGAAUUUUUUCGUGGUUUACAGUUAACUUUUUGCUUGGUCGCCUUUCCAAAAUCAAUCAAGCUGCGGCCUUGGAUUUGGGUGGCGGUAGUACACAAGUCACUUUUGCACCUACAGACCCCGAUCAAUUACCUCUCUACGAAAAGUAUAUGCACGAAGUGAAUACAUUGAAUCGGCAAAUUGCCGUCUUUACGCACAGUUACUUAGGUUUGGGUUUGAUGGCGGCGCGUCACUCAGUAUUUACGAAGGGUUACAGCAAAGAUGAUACUAAUGUGGAGUCUGUAUGCGUUAAUCCGAUAAUUAACAAUCGUACGUGGACUUACUCGAAUGUACAAUAUAAAGUGAGUGGCAAACCUAAUCCGAAAUCUACUGCUGAAGAGCCGAUCGUAGACUUUGAGCAAUGCUUGGAGGCAGUCAAAACUCAAGUUUUACCGUUGGUUAAACCGAAACCCUUCACAUUGAAGCAACAUACGGUGGCUGCUUUUAGUUAUUAUUUCGAACGUGCCAUAGAAUCUGGGCUUAUUGACCCCUUCCAAGGCGGUGAGAUUACAGUGUCUGCUUAUCGCAAAAAGGCGGAGGAAAUAUGUAGCAUUGCGAAUGACGAACAGCCUUUUAUGUGCUUCGAUUUGACUUUUAUAUCGGUUUUGUUGCGCGAAGGUUACGGAUUGGGCGAUAGCAAGAAAAUAAAGCUUUACAAAAAAAUCGAUGGACAUGAAAUUUCAUGGGCGUUGGGCUGUGCGUACAAUGUUUUGACCAGCGAUGAAAAAUACAAUUCCUAAAUCUAAAUUACAAUAGUGAAAAAAUCGCAAACACAUCCAAAAAGUAUACAUAUAAAAUUUUUUUAUUUAGUGCUAAUGAAUUGGUAGUAUAAAAAUUAAAAGUGCUGUGUAGAACGUAACUAAGAACCCAAUAUAUCUAAAGCCAGUGCAGCAGCGGCUGUCCGUAGGAUUGUGCAAAUACUCGAGGCUAUUUAGGAUUUAGCGCUAAUAAUUGUAUUUUCUAACUAAAUGCCUUAGUGCCUUAGUAAUCUAAAAUAUUGUCACUUUUAUUUGAAUUCAAUAAUCUUAAUGUAGUGUGACUUUAAUUGAUAUUUUUGUGACUAAUUCGAAUGUGUUUGUUUGAAAUUAUUCAUAGCUUUUAAUCAUUUAUCUGACGUUAAACACUAUGUGUUGGCAUUGAGUUUACCAAUAUAUGAUUUACUUUUAUUUGUUGUUUAGAUAAUUUUCCUAAAUGUUGUAAAGUAUCGUGUAUAUAAAACAAAAACCCUUUAACCUAUAUGAUCGUAGCAGUAUAUUGUUUGGAUUGUGUAAAUAUUACAAAUAAAUUGCAAUUUGACGAUCUAAUGCUGUACUGUACUUUAUUAAAUAAUUAUAAAUAAAUUAAUAACAAUUUAAAUCAACUAUAA